AUGAGCAUCAUUACCAAGCCAUAUUUGAUUGUUUCAUCUAUUCGAGCCAUGAACACAUUAAUUGCUAUUGUCAUCAAAUCUGAAGUUGCUAUUGGAGAUAUCACAAAUGCCUUUAUUUGGUUUCCAUUUGACUCCGGUGUGAGACAAGAUGCACGCAAGUAUGUUGCAACAAUUGGAGUUGGAAGUGGAAUGAUCAUAUCCAUCUUUUGUUGCAUACAUGCAGCAAAGGUGGAGUUUCUCCUGCUAGGGGUUUUCGAUGGGCUUGCUCGAGAGGGUUUCCAAAAUUUCUUCGGUGAUCAGGUCUCUGCCUCUAUGAAGGCCUAUAUCAACUCAUUCGUGGAGGCAGUGUUUGGAGUAGGCAUCAUUUUCAGUGUCCUUUUUGUUUAUGUAACCAACAAGGUUAGUGAGAUGGGUGGGCGACAAGGGUGGUUCCAAUUUAUCCUUAAUCAAAGCCGCCUUGAUAAUUACUAUUGGACAUUGGCAGUAUUGAGCACUAUCAACCUUGUUCUCUUUGUUUUCAUUGCCUGUUACUUCCCAUACAAGGAUGCCGAAAUUGAAGAUGAACAACUGUAA